CCCACCUCUAACUUCACUCGGUUUGUGCACAUUUUGUUUGAAAGACGCCUAAAGAUUUUGGUUGUUGUUUGAUGUUUUUAAUUCCAUGUUGUAAGAGUCCAUCCGCCAUUUUUCGCAGAGAUGUCGACCUAUUUCGGGGUCUACAUCCCGACCUCCAAAGCGGGCUGUUUUGAAGGAUCGACGGCGCAGUGCAUCGGUUCCAUAGCGGCGGUUAACAUUAAGCCAUUAAAUCCGGCAUCGGGUUCCGCAACACCACCCGGUCCAGGGUUGUCCUUUCAAUCGGCUACCACUGAUGGUGAUAAUGCGGCCAAAUACGAGGAUCCCGAUUAUCCACCGGACUCGCCACUCUGGCUGAUCUUUACAGAGAAAUCCAAGGCGCUGGACGUCCUGCGGCACUAUAAGGAGGCCCGCCUCCGUGAAUUCCCCAAUCUGGAGCAGGCGGAGAGUUAUGUUCAGUUUGGUUUCGAGAGCAUCGAGGCUCUUAAAAGAUUUGGCAAAGCCAAGCCCGAAAGCAAACCCAUUCCGAUAAGCGGCGGAGGCAGUAGUGGUGGUGGAGGUUAUAAGAGCUCACCUGGCUCCACGGACAGUUCGUACUCCUCCUCGCCGACGGGAAACGGCAGUGGUUUCAUCAUUCCCUUAGGGAGCAGUCCCUCAAUGUCCAGUAUAUUACUCAGCAGCUCGCCCACAUCCUCGCCAAGCAGUACCAGCAACAGCAUUGCCAAUGGCCGCCAGCAACAUCAGCAGCAGCCACAACAGCAGCAGGAUUUGUUUGGAGAACGUCCUCCGUUUCGGGCGCCCACCAAACAGGAACUGGUAGAGUUUCGCAAGCAAAUCGAAGGUGGUCACAUUGAACGUGUCAAGAGGAUUAUAUGGGAGAAUCCACGAUUUUUGAUCAGCAGUGGCGAUACGCCGACCAGCUUAAAGGAAGGCUGUCGCUAUAAUGCCAUGCACAUCUGCGCCCAGGUUAAUAAGUCCAGGAUCGCCCAGUUGCUGCUUAAGACCGUAUCGGAUCGGGAAUUUGCCCAGCUGUAUGCCGGAAAGAAGGGCAGCGGUAAGAUGUGCGCCGCCCUAACCACCAGUCUGCUAGACUACUACCUGAAUAUGCCGGACAAGGCGCGUGGCGAAACGCCUCUACACUUUGCCUCAAAGAACGGUCAUGUGGGCAUGGUCGAGGUGCUUAUUUCAUAUCCGGAAUGCAAGUCGUUGCCAAAUCACGAGGGCAAGACGCCCAAGGAAAUUAUUUGUCAGCGUAAUGCCCAGGCCAGCCAGGUCACCAUCACAAAGCUGGAGCUGCUUUUGGGUGAUCCGCAUUUUGUGCCCGUAUUAAGAUGCACCACAAACACACUGUCCCCAAAAGUGGGCAAACCCUUCUCGCCCAAAGAGCCGCCGAAACUGCAACACAAGACAGAUGAAUGCGAGGGUCUUACCGGUGAACUGACAAUCUGUGCGCUGGCGGGACCCAUGUCCCGCGAAAAAGCUAUGAAUUUCUAUCGCCGCUGGAAGACACCACCCCGUGUCAACAGCAAUGUGAUGUCUAACUCGCUGAUUAGCUCGCCAUUCAGCUCACCGGUGAAGGUAACGCCAAACAAGUCAAUCUUUAAUCGCAGCACUGGCAACUCGAGUCCUGUGCAGUCUGGUCGCAGGGAGUUAUUUAGUCCGCUGGCGGCGGCCACCAGCUCACCUAAGCGCUCUUCGAACGUGCCCAAUGGCAAUAAUGAGUGCGAGAAUAACAACAAUAAUGUGAAGCCUGCCUAUGCCUUUGACUUUCCGGCCACUCCAAUACGCCAGAUGAGACCGGACCUAUUCAUGGCAUAUCGCAACAACAAUAGCUUCGACUCGGCCUCGAUGGCCGAUGAUUCUCAGUUGAUGGACAUCAGCCUGAACCAGAGCCUGAAUGCAUCGCUAAACGACAGUUUUCGUGAGCGUCACAUUAAGAACUCGGAUAUUGAGAAGGGUCUGGAGGUGGUGGGACGCCAACUGGCACGCCAAGAACGUUUGGAGUGGCGCGAGUAUUGGGACUUUCUUGACACCUUUAUAGAUGUGUCCACGACCGAGGGUCUGGCUCGUCUGGAGGCGUAUUUUGUGGAGAAGUCCGAACAGCAGGCAGAGAAGUCGGAAACGGUCUGGAACUUUGCCCAUCUGCAUCAGUAUUUUGAUUUGAUGGCUAGCGAUCAGCAGCUCAGAAAGGACAGGAAUGCGACUGCGGCAUCAACUACACCAUCCGCCGGCGUCAUGACUCCGUACACAUGCGUGGAGAAGUCGCUGCAGGUAUUCGCCAAACGCAUCACGAAGACGUUGAUCAACAAAAUCGGCAACAUGGUGUCUAUUAAUGACACGCUGCUUUGCGAGCUAAAAAGACUGAAAUCGCUGAUAGUCAGCUUUAAGGACGAUACACGCUUUUUUAGCGUCGACUUUAGCAAGGUACAUUCUCGUAUCGCCCACCUGGUAGCCAGCUAUGUGACCCAUUCGCAGGAGGUAAGCGUCGCCAUGCGUCUGCAGCUCCUUCAGAUGCUCCGGUCAUUGCGCAAACUUUUGGCCGACGAGCACGGCCGGGAGCAGCAUUUGAGUUGCGUGUGCGGCAGCCUGCUGCUGAUGCUGGAACAGGCACCGACCACUGCCGUUCAUCUGCCGGAUACUUUGAAGACCGAAGAGUUAUGCUCAGCCGCCUGGGAGACGGAGCAAGGAUGUGCCUGUCUAUGGGACGCGAAUCUCAGCCGUAAGACCAGUAGACGCAAGCGCACGAAGUCGCUGCGGGCGGCCGCCGCUGAGUCACAGUUACAGGGUCAGGAUACAGCGGGAUCCUCCACUCUGCACUCCUCUCUAAGUCUGGGACCAACCAGCUUGGGAUCACCAAGGGUGGCCGUCGUGGCAUCACCCGUCUCGAAAACUGCUUGGCGUAGUCACCCAAGCGACGACGAAGACGAUGAAAGCGAUGAGGAAGUUAACUUUUUCGACUGUUCUGAUUUCUCGCCGCCGUAUGGAAGCAGCAGCGAGGAUGAGGAUAACUUCCGUACGCCGCCGGAGAGCAUGUCGCCACGCACGUCCUUUGUCCUUGAGCCGCGCUACAAUUUGUUUAUAUUUGGAAACGAGCCAACGAAACGCGAUUUAGACGUGCUGAACGCCCUUGCCAAUGUGGACAUUGAGAAGGAGACGUUGCCGCACGUCCACGCUUGGAAAGCUGCCAUGGAGAGUUUCUCCAGUGCUGAAAUGAAUCUCUUCCCAUCGCCGAGGAAUGUAAAGGUUCAGAAGUCAGAACCGUGGCAUUCGGGAACCAGUGCUAACCACAACAGCCAGUCAUCGUUGCAUCCCAAGCGGCUUCUUGCCACGCCCAAGCUGAAUUCAGCGGCAGCCGGAAGACGCGGCUCUGGACCAACGACGCCGCCAAUGCCGCCACGUUUGCCGCGUACACCGUCCGCGGCUAGUAUUCAAGUUUCAACCAGCUUGAAUGGCGAUUCCGGCAAAUCCGUGAGCGCAGCAACUUCAUCGCCGAUAUUAAGUUUUGCAGCUUUAACAUCCUCGUCGUCAUUCCAAACACCACUGAACAAGGUACGUGGAUUGUUUAGCCAAUAUCGCGAUCAACGCUCCUAUAACGAGGUGGACACACCGAUUGGCAGCAGGAACGGGAGCAGUCCUGAAAGCGGAAGCGGAGGAAAUAGCGACUGAUAGAUGAGAAGUUGCCGUUUUAAUUACCACUUAAUUACCCUGUGUCGACCAUUGUCCCAUUACGAAGUUAGUCGCAUGUAUGCUAUUUUUUUUAUACAUUAUGAAACUGAAAGUCAUGGAAAACAAUUCAAAUAAAACAUGAAAUUUUUGCUACUAA